CUCACCGAGAGCAUAGAGACCGACAGACGCCUCUCAGCGGCGGGGAUGUGACAGAGAGAGGCUCGGAGGAGACGGAGGGUUGACACAGAGAAUGCCACAGCAAGCCAACACGCUGCCUGCGUUAGCUCACCAUUGUACUCAGCUUGCUGUAAAAUAUAAAGCGAGCAGCAGUGAGUCGUGAUUGUCUAUUUUUUUUUUUUUUUGCAAGGGGAUCAUCCUGCGUUAAACAUCCUCCAGCCAGCAUGCCUUCUGCUCAGAGCCUCCAGUCCAGCAGCAUGCCCCUCUCUGAAACCAGCAUAGGUACCUUUAAGAGGAGGAAGAGGAAAUCCAUAAUAGUGACGGUGUUGCUGCUCAUUGUGUCUGUGCUCAUCCUCAUCUUCGGCCUGGCAGCGACCACUAGGACGCAGAACAUCACAGUGGGCGGCUACUACCCAGGAGUCAUACUGGGCUUUGGCUCUUUUCUGGGAAUCAUCGGCGCUCAUUUGAUAGACAACAAGAGGCAGAUGUUAGUGGCGUCUAUUGUCUUCAUCAGUUUCGGGGUAGUGGCCGCCUUCUGCUGUGCUAUUGUUGACGGAGUGUUUGCUGCCAGGCACAUUGACCUCAGGCCGCUGUACGCCGGCCGCUGUGAGUUUCACUCCAGUGAGACUUCCUCUGAACGAGACGUGCCCUGUCAGACCUCCUCACGCUCCCCCUGUAACCUGCAUGUGAAGGGCAACACCUGUUACUGCUGCGACCUCUACAACUGCGGGAAAGAACAUCCUCUUAUGGGACUUCAGAAUAAAGAUGUAUUGAAAAAGUUUAGGAAAUCAUCCAUGAUUUGGAAGGCUAGCCGAGUGGAGCUCAUUGGAGGCUACCAUGAGUACACGGAUGUGAAGAGCUGCCAGGACGUGGUGCACCUCUAUCACCUGCUGUGGUCCGCUACGAUCCUCAACAUCGUGGCGCUCUUUCUGGGCAUCAUCACUGCUGCAGUGCUGGGAGGCUUCAAAGACAUGACUCCGGCUCCUGCCUCAGAGUCUACAUCUGAGCCUGAAGCCGUCACAGCUCCAGCCCCCCCUCAGCCUCCUCCCUCCACCACCUCCCUCACCUCGUACUACAACACUGCCCCCUGCCUGCCGCCGUACACAGCCUACGACCUGCAGGGCUCCUACCUGUUCCCCGACUCCUCCACCCUGUCGGAUGACUCCCAGUCGGGGGCCAGCCACCUGUGGCCCACCAUGGUCCCUCCACGAUACUCUCCUCCUCACACCCACCCCGACGAGAAGCCUCCACCCUACAGCCCGUAACACACAUCCAGCAGAAAGAAGGCACCUGGAACGUUAGCGGGUGUUUUUCAGAUGCUGAUUGAGUGGCGUGAAUGCACAUUUCCUCUGGGCUUUUCCUCACAAUGAGUGUUGGAGGAAAGGUGGUGAGGAAGAGGAGGAAGGCCACAGAGGGAACUCACCUUGAGUUCAGCCCGACACCAGGAGUGUUUGUCGCCCCUGCCUCCACUCACACAUCAAGAGAGAGACCACCGGUCCACAGCAAGGACUGUUUACACAUCUAUCUGCCUUAAUGCAAACGGGCUUCCAGCGCUGCAGCUCUGGGUCUCUGGACUUAUUCUGUACUAGGUCAAAGUUCACCUCUCUUCAGGACAUAUUGUAAAUGCUUCCUGCCUCAAGUGGCACCGAUGAUAACGUAAGGAGAUGACAGCUACAAGAUCAAACCCGAUACAUGAAUGCUUUUGAUGUCCCCCCAGAAUAUGAAUCAGCUAGAGAAUUCAAAACUGUAGUAGGCCGAGGCAGUUUCUUCUUUAGCGAUUAAUUAGGCAAUGUUAGCAGUAAUGAAGGAAUUACAAUGCUCAUUAUGAAUGUACAGCAGUAUGAUACUCAGAUGCUCUCCAGCAGUUUAGCUAUACAAACAGAUGAUCAACUCUUCAGUUUGUUAAAAAAACAACUUUUGAACCAUGUGCUCGCAGAGCAACACGAUGAAGAAAUAAGCUAUUCUGCAGUAGGGCGGUCAGUUACACUCCAAACUAUUUAUUCUAUUUUCACGAUAAGCUGCAAAGCAGGUAAGCGUAUAUUAUCUUGCGCUAUAUAAGUAGUUGUGAUAUCACAUCUGAGUUCAAAUGUAUAGUCUCUGUCAGGAAUAAACACGAGGCAGGCCGAGCGGGAACAGUCGGUGCUGGAUUCACUGACAUGAGGGGAGAUCAUGAAGGGUCAAAGGACUGGUGUUCUCUGAGGAAGAGUGAAGGACAGUAAACUUAGUCCAUGUCAAUGAGACAGGUCUCCGUCAGCUGUUAUCACUGCUUUUUAUAAUUUAAACUACACUCUCUCAGGGGCUGAUUGUCAGUUCCUUUUCGUCUUGCCAGUAAAAAUGUUUUGUGUAAUUGAAAUGGUGUGUUUUACUUUUUAGCAAAACUGUAUGCACGGUUGCUUCACCACUUUAGUCUUUACCAAACAUAUAAACUUCAAUAAGAUAAACCAUAGUGCAGUGAGUUCACCGAGGGUGAAUCCUGUUGACUUCAGUCAUCCCAACUUUCCUCUUGUGUAACCAUGAUGUUUGAUGGUUUGCCAUGACAACUUGAUGCAGCCAUUAAUGUCAUUUUCUGAUCUUAAAACUUUUGAUAAAUUGGUGAUAGUUCAGCUUUCCGCAUAUCACCAUCAAGUUGAUUUUAUUUUUUUUGUUGCAAACCUUGUUUUAUGACCAAAUGCCUGACACCUAUUUGUAUGAGCUAACACAGCCAUUGAUAGCAUGCUAAAUGAUGGAUGUUUGUUAAUGAGUGCAACCUCUGAGCCAGUAGCAUGGCUGUAGACUUCUCUAGAUAAUUGUAUUACAUUGUAAAAUUGAAAAGGGUGUAACUGGCAUUAGGUUUGAGAAGUUCAUACUUUUUCAACAGGGACUAGUCAAGUUUUGGGAAAGUCCAUCCAUUUCCUUAAGUCUAACACAUUGAAAAUCUAAAAAUGUUUUCAAUCUUUGAUAUAAUCCAGACAAUGGAAGAUUUAGAAACAUUUAAAAACACAGGGAGUUGACAU